AGGCGGGCUGGGUGCGCGUGCGCGGAGGUGAGCGGGCGGGGCCCAGGCUGGGCGAGCGUGCGCGGAGCAGGCCUCCAGGACCCAGCCGGCUGCCAGCUGGUGCCAGUGACCAUGGACGUGAGGUGGCCUCCCAGCUCCCGCCCCCUGCUGGGAGUCUGCACCUUUGUCUGCCUGGCCAGCGCCGCCUUCCUGGGGCACGUCCUUCUCCAUGAUUUCUUGGUGGUCCCCCAAGAGCAGCGUGGUGUCUCCCAAGUACCUGAGGAGCUUUAUCGUGCUUGCCAGCAGGGAGCCAGUGACCCAGGCCCCCAGCCCACCCCAGGGCACCACGGCAGUCCCCGAGCAGCACCCACACAGUGUGAUGUGCCCCCCAACAGCCGCUUCGACUGUGCCCCCGACAAGGCCAUCACCCAGGAGCAGUGUGAGGCCCGGGGCUGCUGCUACCGGCCUGCAAGGCAGUGGCCUCAGAUCCCCCGGAUGGGGCAGCCCUGGUGCUUCUUCCCACCCAGCUACCCGAGUUACAAGCUGGAGAACCUGACCACCACGGAGACAGGCUACACGGCCACCCUGACCCGCAACACCCCAACCUUCUUCCCCAAGGACAUCUUGACCUUACGGCUGGACAUGCUGCUAGAGACGGAGAGCCGGCUUCACUUCACGAUCAAGGAUCCCGCCAACAGGCGCUACGAGGUGCCCCUGGAGACCCCGCAUGUCCACAGCCGGGCCUCGUCCACACUCUAUAGCGUGGAGUUCCAGGAGGAGCCUUUCGGGGUGGUCGUGCGCCGGAAGCUGGACGGCCGGGUGCUGCUGAACACGACAGUGGCCCCCCUGUUCUUCACCGACCAGUUUCUGCAGCUGUCCACCUCCCUGCCAUCCCAGCAAAUCACAGGCCUUGCCGAGCAUCUCGGCUCCCUGAUGCUCAGCACCAACUGGACCAAGAUCACCCUCUGGAACCGGGACAUCGCCCCCUCGCCCAACGUGAACCUGUAUGGAUCGCACCCUUUCUACCUGGUGCUGGAGGACGGCGGGUCAGCUCACGGGGUCUUCCUGCUGAACAGCAAUGCCAUGGAUGUGGUCCUGCAGCCGAGCCCGGCCCUCAGCUGGAGGUCGACAGGUGGGAUCCUGGAUGUGUACAUCUUCCUGGGCCCUGAGCCCAAGAGCGUGGUGCAGCAAUACCUGGAAGUCGUGGGCUACCCGUUCAUGCCGCCGUACUGGGGCCUGGGCUUCCACCUCUGCCGCUGGGGCUACCCCUCCACCACCAUCACCCGCCAGGUGGUAGAGAACAUGACCAGGGCCCGCUUCCCGCUGGACACGCAGUGGAAUGACCUAGACUACAUGGACGCCAGGAGGGACUUCACCUUCAACAAGGACGGUUUCAGGGACUUGCCGGCCAUGGUGCAGGAGCUCCACCAGGACGGCCGGCGGUACGUGAUGAUCGUGGACCCUGCCAUCAGCAGCUCCAGCCCCCCCGGCAGCUACCGACCCUACGACGAGGGUCUGCGGAGGAGGGUUUUCAUCACCAAUGAGACUGGGCAGCCUCUGAUUGGGAAGGUGUGGCCCGGACUCACUGCCUUCCCCGACUUCACCAGCCCCGAGGCCCUGGACUGGUGGCAGGACAUGGUGUCUGAGUUCCAUGCCCAGGUGCCCUUCGACGGCAUGUGGAUCGACAUGAACGAGCCCUCCAAUUUUGUAAAGGGCUCUGUGGACGGCUGCCCUGACAAUGACCUGGAGAAUCCGCCCUACGUACCAGGGGUGGUUGGCGGGACGCUGCGGGCCGCCACCCUCUGUGCCUCCAGCCGCCAGUUCCUCUCCACGCACUAUGACCUGCACAACCUCUACGGCCUGACGGAAGCCCUCGCCUCCCACAGGGCCCUCGUGAGGGCUCGGGGGACGCGCCCCUUUGUGAUCUCCCGCUCGACCUUCGCCGGCCACGGCCGGUACGCCGGCCACUGGACAGGGGAUGUGUGGAGCAGCUGGGAGCAGCUCUCGUACUCCGUGCCAGAAAUCCUGCUGUUCAAUCUGCUGGGGGUGCCGCUGGUCGGGGCCGACAUCUGUGGCUUCCUGGGCAGCACCUCGGAGGAGCUGUGUGUGCGCUGGACCCAGCUGGGGGCCUUCUACCCGUUCAUGCGGAAUCACAACGACCUCAACAGCCUGCCUCAGGAGCCGUACAGGUUCAGCGAGACGGCGCAAGAAGCCAUGCGGAAGGCCCUCGCCCUGCGCUACGCCUUGCUGCCCUACCUGUACUUGCUGUUCCACCGGGCCCACGUCCUGGGCGAGACCGUGGCCCGGCCCCUCUUCCUGGAGUUCCCCGAGGACCCCCACACCUGGACGGUGGACCACCAGCUCCUGUGGGGGGCGGCUCUGCUCAUUACCCCCGUGCUUGAGGCUGGGAAGGUCCAAGUGACUGGCUACUUCCCCCCUGGCACGUGGUACAACCUGCAGACGGUGCCAGGAGAGGCCUUCAGCAGCCUCCCACCUCCACCUCGGGCUCCCCUCACGUCUGCCAUCCACAGCAAGGGGCAGUGGGUGACCCUGCCGGCCCCAAUGGACACCAUCAACCUCCACCUCCGGGCUGGGCACAUCAUCCCCCUGCAGGGCCCUGGCCUCACAACCACGGAGUCCCGGAAGCAGCCCAUGGCCCUGCUCGCAGCCCUGACCGCAAACGGGGAGGCCCAAGGGGAGCUAUUCUGGGAUGACGGGGAGAGCCUGGGGGUGCUGGAGCGCGGAGACUACACGAAGGUCAUCUUCCUGGCCAGGAAUAACACCAUCGUGAACGAGCUGGUGCGUGUGACCAGCGAGGGCGCCAGCCUGCAGCUGAGGAAGGUGACCAUCCUGGGGGUGGCUGUGGCCCCCAGCCAGGUCCUCUCCAAUGGCGUCCCUGUCUCCAACUUCACCUACAGCCCUGACACCAAGACCCUGGACGUCCCUGUCUCACUGACGAUGGGAGAGCAGUUUCUCAUCAGUUGGUCGUAACCCGGGGCCAGUGGUGCGUUGAUCCUUUACAGGAGGAGACGGAUCUCACCGUGGCCCCAGCACCUGUGAACCCUUGGUCAGGAUGUGACGGAUGGGCCUCGGGCAGAAGCCCGUGCCCCGUGUCUCAUGGCGCUGACCUCCCUCGAAUACCCAGAUCUGCAUAUGCGUCUACCUCCUGGGACCAGGGGAUACCACGGGCUGUGGCCCAAGGGUUGCCUUGCGUGUGCAAGGCUGUUCUGGAAGAUGUACCUCUCUGAAGCUUGUCACUGGUGUGUGUGUGAUGUCGUCCGCCACCAGCUGCCUGUCCGAGACAGCGGAGGUGUGCUCGGGAUGAGACUGCCGUGCCUGCACCCCGAGGUCGCGCCACGGGCGGCCCUGCUGCUGCUCUGGCCACCGCAGGCUGCUUUCUGGGCAACGCCCCCGGCAGCAGGUGGGGCUGCCCUCCCGUCCCAUGAGAGCGGGCCCGGGGAACUCCGGAGGAGUCACGGGACCCAGGGAAACCCUUGAUCUUAAGUGCAAUUAUUUUUAAUAAAAGGGGCACUGCAAUCAAGCUUCUGCUGGUCCUUCUGGGAUUCAGGGCGGAAAGGAUGUGUC